AUGGAGGAACUACAACCAGAUGAAACUAACAACAACAGUACAAUGAUCAAGGGAAAGUUCAAAAAGACUGUUCUGAGAAGAGAUUCGAAUUCUGCCCCGUUCAGACCAGCACCUAUAGAGGCAAAACCUAGUGACUCUUCAAUACCUACAAGUGAAUUAACUUCGUUAUCGAGACCUCGGACAAGAGAUGAUGAGAGUAUAUUUGUCAAUACUGGUAAAGUGUCACCUGUGAUUAAAGAACCUCCUAGGUUUAGCAGAAGAAGUACUUUCAGUGAGGAAUCACCAUUAAGAAAAACCAGUGAUGUUGAUGACGAUAACACUGCAAUUGAUGAAUUCAUUGAUCGUUUGAAUAUUGGUAAAAUUGGAGAUUUUUUGAAAAAAAUAAUCAUUGCAAUUUGGAAAAGAUUACAGAAUUCAAAAUAUAUCAAUUCUGAUAAUGAUGGUAGAAUUCAUUUACAAUCUUUUUGUAUUGGUGUUAUUUUAACAAGUGUUGUUGUCAUGAUUCAACCUUUUUUGGUGGUGUAUCUUGAUUCAUGGAUUGUGUUACUUGGAAGAUUAUUUAAACAUUUAAUGGCUUGGGUAAUGGUUGCUGCUGUACUGUCAUAUGCUUUCAAUACAUCAAAGAAGGCUAAACAAGAUAAGGAAUCACAUGAAGCUGUUUCACCACGGUUGAAUAAUUUUGAAAAAUUGCAUUAUAGAGUGAAGAACAGUUCAAAUAAUAGUUCAAGAUCAACAUCUCCAACAAAAACACUCAAGAAUAAGAAUGGAUCACGUCCAAGUUUUUCAAGACAAAGUUUUUCAUCAGCUUCAAUACCAAGAAGAGAUUCAACUGAUAGUUAUAAUGAUCAAAUGAUAUUAAUGAAUAUAACUGAAAGAACCCAACAAGAUGAGAAAUUUAGAAUUGAUCAUCACAAUAGUGAUAAACCAAAAGAUAAUUAUGAAAAAUUUAUGGAUGUUGCAUACAAGAAGAAUCAAGAACAUGAUAUUUAUAAUAAAUUUGUUAAUGAUAGUAAAGAAAACGUGAGAAGGUUAAGCAAGCAUUAA